CUUCUCGAGGCUUGGGCCUGGGUUUUGUUUCGGUUCUGCUCGCCGUCCGUUCCGCCUGCGCCUCGUGGAGCGCCCAGAGCCUGCGGACCCUCGGGGCGCCGAGUCGCCGCCCAUUGGCGUCGAGAACCGGCGGCGACCAAUCCCCAGCGGAACCCGUCUCCGGCUGUCAUGGCUGCGGUCGCGGGCUUACAGGCCAAGGGGCCGGGCUGGCUCCUCCGCGGCCCGUGGGCUCCGCUCGCCGCCGGCUUCUGCAGCCGGAGACCGGCUGGGGCCGAGCCGCCGGGACCCGAGCCGCGACCCACCUGCGCGCGGCAGCGGGACGGCAUCAGGAACAUUGUCUUGAGCAAUCCAGAGAAGAGGAACGCGUUGUCACUUGCAAUGCUGAAAUCUCUCCAAAGUGACAUUCUCCAUGACGCUGAAAGCAAAGAUCUGAAAGUCAUUGUAAUUUCAGCUGAGGGGCCCGUAUUUUCUUCUGGCCAUGAUUUAAAGGAACUGACGGAUAAGCAAGGCCAUGAUUAUCAUGUUGAAGUAUUUCAAACCUGUUCCGAGGUCAUGAUGCAGAUCCAGAAUCACCCGGUUCCCGUCAUUGCCAUGGUGAAUGGCUUGGCCACAGCUGCUGGUUGCCAGCUGGUUGCCAGCUGUGACAUCGCCGUGGCGAGUGACAAGUCCUCUUUUGCCACUCCUGGUGUGAACAUUGGGCUCUUCUGUUCCACCCCAGGGGUUGCCUUGGGAAGAACAGUGCCUAGAAAGGUUGCCUUAAAAAUGCUUUUUACUGGGGAGCCCAUUUCUGCUCAGGAGGCCUUGUCCCAUGGUUUGCUCAGUAAGGUAGUGCCAGAAGAGCAGCUGGAGGAAGAGACCAUGAGGAUAGCAAAGAAGAUUGCUUCCUUGAGCCGGCCUGUGAUGUCUUUGGGCAAAGCCACGUUCUACAAGCAGCUGCCCCAAGACCUUCAAACAGCCUACUGCCUCACCUCCCAGACCAUGGUGGACAGCCUGGCCCAACAGGAUGGGCAGGAAGGAAUCAAGGCCUUCAUCCAGAAGAGAAAACCCAUCUGGUCACAUUGAGCUGAUAUUAACAGAGGAAUGGAAGGGGAAUGAGCCCAGCGGGCAGCACUCAGAGGCCCACCCACACCCCUCACCUUCUGAUUCUCCAACCACCACAGCUGCCUCUUGAUUGUAAUAGAAGACACUCUAUUUUUAUAGCAUUAAUAUUGGUUUCACUGCAUGUGGUCUAUAUUAAUAGCCAUGGUUCCAUAGGUAAGUGAAGAGGGUAAAUGGAGAAUAAUGGAAUAGAGAGGAAAACAAAGCACCAACUUAAGUGGAAGAUUAGUAAGCACCUCUGCUGGGCCAGCUAUUAGAGAAAGCCCGGUAUUUGAUCUAUUCCUCCUUCACAGGACCUUAAGUGAGGGAUCACCCUUAUUAUAUAAGAGAAGCUGGUGAUAAACUGAGGCAUGGAAGAAGGGUGCCAAUCUGAAAUGUCCUCUAAAGUGAAGUUAAUUCUAGUUGCUCAAGAGAAGUGAAACGUUUCAAAUCUUCACAAGAUAUUCACACUGAAAAUCUUCUUGAUUCUAUUGAGAAAUAGUCAUGCCUAUGGCUUUGGAAUAAUUUUAUGUGAUUUAAAUAGAUUAAAUAUUUAUAGAGACUGGUAAUUUUAUCUUCCCAACCAGACUUCGCGCAGUUUGAGAAAAGAAAAAAAAAAAAAAUUGAUUAACUCUUCCUUUGUGUGCCGAUGGGGAUAUGGUAGGUGCCUUAUGUUUCUGUAAUGAAUGCUUUUGCCAUCCGAGAUCCUGCAAAACCAAGACCCUGGGCUAAACCUGAAGAUACAAACUGAAGAGAGGUGGGAAGGGAAGCAGAACAUAUACUCCUACCCAAUAAGAAUCACCUUCCCUGAUAAGUCAGUCACAAAAGGAUAAAUACUGUAUGAAAUAUCUAAAAUAAGCAAAUGUAUAGAGACUAAAGUUUAUUAGUGGUUACCAGGAGCAGGAGGGAAGCAGAAAAGGAGAGCCAUUGUUUAGAAAGCAUUGAGUUUCUGUUUAUGGUGUUGGGAAAUUUAGCAAUGGAUAUGGGUGAUGAUUGCACACUGUGAUUAAUCAAUAUUGCUGAAUUAUACAUGUAAAAAAUGUUGAAUUGUCAAAUGUGUUAUAUAUAUUUUUACAACAAUUAAAAAAAAAAUCACCUUCUU